UAACGUUCACUAAGAUUGCAAGACCUGUUGAUAUUUUGGCUGAGGAGAAGAGAGAUAGAAAGACUGGUUCUUUUUCGAUCACAACAUUUAGAGAAGCAGAGUCAGGAUGGCUGAACCAAAGGAAGAAAUUGUCAUGACCCCAUCCAAGAAGGGGAAAACAACACAAAUCCGUAUUGAGAAGAGAAAGAAGUUAGACUUGGGCCUAGAUGACAGUGUUGAACAUGUGGGUGGUGGAGAGAAUGCUGGACUUGUUGUCAACAAACAAGCUGAAAAUGAUGACAUGGAUCUUGUACGUCCCCAGUUACAAAUUGGGUUUAAUUGUUUCCUCGUCGACCAAAAAACGCAGCACAGGAUGGUGGAAUCCAGACGUCUGAAGUUUUGGUAUGUAGAGGGAACAGAGUAUCUGGACCAGGUGACAACAGCCUAUGAGUUCUUCAAAGAACUAGUAAAGCCUGAGAAUUUCCCUAGAGACUACGUUGGUUUCAUUAAGAAGUGUAUGAAACAGAUGCAGAAGCCUGAAUACAAAUUGGCACAGAAGGUGGACCUGGAAAUUAAGCUUCUGGACGAAGAAGAUGCACCAUUAAGUCCAGAAGGAAUUGUUUCCACCAUUCUGUCGGAGAGAGGGAGGAAUGCUGAGGAUAUGUUUGGGCUUAACAGAGAAGAUAAAAGACCAGUGGAGGAAAUUCUACGAGAAAAGAUGCUUCAUAUCCUUGAGUCAGCCUAUCCUAAUGUAUUGGAGGUGGAUGACCUGAUCAAAAUGACUCAGGCUGAUGAGGCCAUGGUGAUGCUACAGUUGGCGGAACUGAAACAGCGAGACUUGGUACGUGAUGUGGAGAAUGGUAAAAUAGUACGACAUGUGCUGGAGGACGACAAGACAACGGUCGAGAUGGUGAAACAGAUGCCAACCAUUGCAGCCAAUCUGCAACCAACAAUAGCCGUCAUCACAGCCAAUUAUGGUGAAAAACUAGCUGUCGAUGCUAUGAUGGAGAACAAAACCACUUUUGUUAAAUUCAAGUCAGAAGGUGAAUCUAAUGUGUACACAAUGGGCUAUAUCGGAGAACAUCGUGUUGUAUCCACCAAACUUCCAGCCAUCGGACAUGCCCGGGCAGCCCAGAUCUCUUCGGGAAACACAACCACCAGACUACUGGGGACAUUCCAGAACAUUGAGCAUGUAUUUGUAGUGGGUAUCGCGGGUGGAGUACCACACUACACAGAUUACUUUAAACAUGUGCGUCUGGGCGACAUUGUCAUCUCUUCCUGUGAUGAAAAGGGCUACAUCUACUAUUACUGCGAGAAAGUCUUACGCAACAAGGAAGGUGACAUUCAGUUCAAGAUGAAGACUUAUGGCCCAAGGGAGAUGGAUCUGCAGCGUGUUGUAGAGAAGCUGCAGGACAGGUCACGAAAGAAUCCAGGAAAAACCCCCUGGGACAGAUACAUCACUGAGGGAUUGGAAAUACUCAAGAACCAGGAGGCCGACUUCAACCGUCCCCCUCCAGAGAGUGAUCGACUCUACAUGGGCAUUGGGGAUGAUAAUGUGAUCGAAGUACAACAUCCAGAGGCACCUGAGAGUGACAUAAAUAACCACCAGGGGACGCCCACCAUCCAUUACAGCCCAUUAGGUUCUGGUCGUUUCAACAGAUCAGAGCAAAUGAGGCUGGACUUUGCUAAUCGUCAUGGUAUAAUGUGUUUUGACACUGAAUUUGAUCAAGUGUUAGAAUCCAUUGUAGGUAAUAGGAAGGACAGCUUCAUGAUUAUCAGGGGUGUAGCAGACUACGGCGACGGAACGAGGAACAAGGAGUGGGGGCCGUAUGCCUCCCUGGCUGCUGCAGCAAUGAUGAAGGCCAUCAUAAAAAUGAUCUCCAAUCGGUACCUCAGCGAGGACGAAGACUGAGGUGUUCAAGUUAUUUUUAAAAUAGAAGAAGAGUUAACCACAAAGACACCAUAUCUAGACAGAACUUUAGUUACUUUAUUGCAGAAACAUUUGAGAAAGAACUAUAAAGAUAAUUGUUAAAUAAAAAAUACUGGAGUGUUUUUCCAGGAACAUUGUAAAGUGACUUCAAGCUAAAGAAAUGCUAUCUCUUGAAUGAAGCAUAAGACGUUACAUUUAUUGUUUGAAAAAGUAGGGCAUUUGGAGAUAUUUUAAUAUUUAUUCAUUGACAGCUGGCAGAGUUUGUUAACCUGUUUCUCAACAGGGGAGACUUUAAAAUCUGCCAAGCAAAUUUGUAGGGUUAAUUUCAUUUCAAAAUCGAGUAACAUUGAGUAAUGAAAUAUCAAAUUAAUAAAAAAAACCCAAUGAAAUAAAUCUUAAAAAGUAUCAGAGAAUAUCAAUGAGUGUAAUUCAAGCCACUUGUCUUUUUUAAGUGAGUUAAUUUGAAACUUAUUUCUUGUAUUUGGAAUAUUUGUAAGUUUGAUGUUUCUUUCAUGGCAGAGAGAAUUGAAAAUUUAUCUAAAAUUGAAUUACAAAGGACAUGAAUAACAUCAUCAGGAAUCUAACUAGUUCUAAAUACUUCAGCUUUGUCCAACGAUAUGCCUGCUAAACAACUGUCCCAAACGGCAGGUUACUUGAUUGAAAAAUAGCCAUACGCUGGGUUACCACUGAUGCAAGUUUCAUCCAAUCAUAGAAAGCACCUAGCAUCACUGUUUAGGGUGUUUUGUAGGUAACACUCUACUCAUAAUCACACAAGGAUCAAAAUACAUUAAGAUCCAAAUGUAUGCUAGUGUCUUCUAUUCCCCUGGACAGCUAGAAUACAUCAUUAUUGUUUGUAGGAAUUUUUCUUUACAGAAAUGUUUAAAGUGCUAUCCAAAUAAUCCAGGAUGAUCUGUAGGAUGCAUUCAUGUUGACAAAUAUUCUUUAAGCAAAAUGAUG